AUGGCGGCGACGACCCUGGCCGACUGCCCCCCCGUGGAGCUCUUAGCGGAUGAGCGCAGUGUCAUCUAUUGGAGGAUAUGGGAGCUCCGCGAGAGGGGGGAUGAGAUAUUGGCCAGGGGCAUGGCGGCUCUGAAAUCUCAGGCGGUCGCCCGGACUCUCGAGCGGUGGGUGGACGCGAUAUCCAACCCGCGGGAGUUUGGGCGACUGACGACGGAGACUGUCCGCCCCUGCCUGGAAGAGAUGGCAGGCAGAAGGGGGCGCGGUCUCACAUAUCAUCUGAUGCAGGUGAUCACGGGACAUGGUAGUUUCGGGCAUUAUCUGCACCGGAAAAAGAAGGAGCUCACCACAGAGUGCCACCACUGCCCGGAGCGGGGCGAAACCGUGCAACACACACUGGCUGCAUUUGAGGCGUGGAGCCAGGAGCGCGGGCGGUGGGAUGCAGGGAGGUCGUGGGUAUCCAUGGUGGAUUUCCCCUGCGUUAACAAAAAAGGUCAUCACACCUCUUCUGCGGCGGUCGCCACCUUGUCGUGGUGCAGAAGCUUGAUGGCCACAAUGAUCUUAGAUGAUGGACUCGGCCUGGAAUCUUAG